UGGUCAGUUAUCACCACUGUAGUGGACGUACUGAUUCAAAAAAAAUGGUACAGAAAAUUACAGCAAAAAUAGGACCAUCAAUAUUAAAUGCAGAUUUAUCACAACUGCAUGUAGAAUCUCAACGACUCUUAGACAGCGGAGCUGACUACCUUCAUUUAGAUGUAAUGGACGGUCAUUUUGUCCCUAACCUCACUUUUGGUCAUCCUCUAGUAAAGUGCUUACGCAAUAAAAUAAAAAAUGCUUUUUUUGAAACGCAUAUGAUGGUUUCAAAACCUGAGCAGUGGAUAGAAGCCAUGGCCAAUGCUGGUGUUAAUCAAUACACAUAUCACGUGGAACCUGUUGAAGAUGUUCCUUUAAUUUGCAGGAAAGUGAGAGAAGCAGGAAUGAAGGUGGGAAUAGCCCUAAAGCCUGGAACACCAGUGGAUGUAGUAGUCAAUUAUAUAGAUCAAGUCGACAUGAUCCUCAUAAUGACGGUGGAACCGGGAUUUGGUGGACAGGAAUUUAUGAAACCAAUGUUGGAAAAAGUAGCAUGGCUUCGAAAAAAUUAUCCAACAUUGGACAUCGAAGUUGAUGGAGGGGUUGGGCUCAAUACUAUUCAAUUUUGUGCAGAGGCCGGAGCUAAUAUGAUAGUAUCCGGAACAGCAGUAACAGGUUCUAGUGAGCCAGGCAGAGUGAUGAGGUCCUUAAAAGAUGCUGUCACGCAAGUUGAAGAAUUUUUCUGUUUUUGACUUAAAAUUCUGCGAUUUGUUCUUACAAAGUAAACAGAACCAUAAUCAGAAACAACUAUUGGAUACAAAAACGCAGGACCGCCUAUAGCUACUUUAAACCCUGCUCUUGAAACAAUUCUCAUGGCGAUAGCAAAAUGACAAGAAGUAAAAUUAAACUCUCUGAAAAGCUUGAUGCUUUUGAAUUGAAGCAAAUGGCCUUUAAUCAGUCUUUCGAUGGAUCAAUCAAGGGAAUAAAAGAGGACAUCAAACAAAAUUUUGUUUGAUGUCCGACUGUGUUGGAGUAAACUACAUAUUAAAAUGUCACUGUUAUUAUCUACCUUCAAGGCUCUGUAAAAUCCGUGGAAACGGAGAAUCAGCUGUUAAAGUCUAAGCAUGCUUCGCUUCCACCUAUCGUGAUAGUUAAACUAAACCAAGAAUCAACCUGCGUUAGCAUAAUCGAUAAAUGCAAAAAGAGGCGACUCUACUAAAUUAUUAGGGUCUAAAUUAUUAGGAUGGAGUAAUGAUCAGGCACUUUUAAUCAAAGAGCACAGUGACCUACGAUUAGGAAAAGCUCCUUCGCAUGGUGGAUAUUAAUAGCAAAAUUAAUCUCUUGCUCCUAUUUAAUUUCAGCGUUUGAUAGGUUUGCUCCCCUACAUAUUCCUUAUAAAUAUAAAAAAUCUUCACCUUAGAUUACCACUGAAAUUAAAAACCUCGCGAAGGAACGGAAUAAUACACGCUGACUAGCCAAGAGAACAAAAAAUCCAGGUAUUCAAGCUGAAUUUCACAAACUAAGGAACUUAAUGUAAAUUACAAUUAUAGAUUCGUCCAAUAAACACAAUUUUAAUGUUAUUAAAA